AUGGCACCCAGCGUGGCACCGACGCCAAAGUCCGCCAUGGGUAGUCGGCCGUCACGGGAACAGGUUCCUGCCGAGGCAUGGGAGUCCUUCAAGCUGACCAUUAGGCACUUGUAUCUGGAAGAGCGGCGGCCGCUGAAAGAGGUCAUGCAAAUCAUGGCCGAUCAAUAUGGGUUUCAAGCAACGCCGAAGAUGUAUAAGACGAGAUUCUCGCAGUGGGGAUUUGUCAAGAAUAACACCGAGGACGAAGUGAAGAGGCUGUUGUCGAUGAAGUUCCAGCGCGAUGCGGAAGGCAAGGUGUCGGAGUUUGUGCGGAACGGCAGGGUGGUCAACCUGGGCACGUAUCUCAAGAGGAAAGGUGUGACCGAGUACGAUCUCGUCGACUUUGAAACGCCAGCUCAACUUCCGUCCUACGUGCGAUGUCGCACCCCGACACCGCCGCCCGCUCCGGGCUAUCUGCGAUCACCAGACCUGAUCCGAGCGCAGGAGACGAUUGUUGGCAACAUGAGGAAGGCGCUUCUGCACUGCCGCCAGUUCGAGGUGGAAACUGACAGGCAGGUCGGAUGGACGUCGAUUAUGCUCUGGGGCGCCGGGUCGAGCGACAUGUUCGCCGACGCCAACAAGAAGUUCGAGAUGGGCGAGCACGACGCGGGCGGGCAUCUACUGAUGAGGGCCUUCAAGCGACUGGAGAUGGACCUCAAGCAGCUGUCGCCCCAAGGCAUCAAGGAGCUGCUGCUGGGGAUGGUGCAUCGCGACGCGGGCAUGAUGACGGCCAUGUGCAAGUACCUGGCGGCCUACUCGACGACCAACUUCGAACGGUCUCAUCCCCUGCGACAGACCUUUUCCGCCCUGUACGAGGUGCAACAGAAGCACGGGCCGAUCACGCUCUCGGAGCUGGUCUGGGGUUGCAUCCCCACCAUCGCUGAAGAGCUCGAGGCCAUCUACGGACGGCGCCACCCGUACGUUGCGCGGACGUGGAUCGACCUGGCCAUCUUCUACAACCACGCCAACCCCGAACGACUCGAGAAGCUGCUCAUGGAGCUCCAGCCGCUGCGCAGAGAGAUCGCGGGCCGUCACGGGCAGGGCAGCGCGGACGACCUUGCGUUGCGGUACGCCGUGGUGCAGCUGAUGCAGGCAGCCUGGCCCAACGGCGACAACACGAGGUCGGAGGCGCUGGAUCUGUGGGCGGCGAUGAGGAGCGCCGGGCUCGUCUUCCCCGUGCGAGGGGCGGAACACAACACGUUCUGCUAUCACAGUCCGCUCAAGGUGGACCCGUGGGACAGACGAUGCAGAGACCGGUACGACGUCGGAACCCAGUUCUUCCAGCAGCAUUGCGGCAUCAAGGUGCUGCCGUACUUCGAAGAGGACAUGCACUACACGGAACACGCCCCCGACUCUCACUCGGCGCUGGCAGCAGCUCUGGGACACAUGGCGCCGUCCAAGUUUUCGCUCAUCUGA